UGAUUUUGUUCAGUAAUGUCUAUUUCUUUUGAUGGCCAGUUGUUUAGAAUACAUGGAUGCUUGGUUUUGAAGCCAAUGAUGAUUUCUAGACUAGAAAGCAUCUGCGAGGAUCGAGUGCCUGUGGAGAUGGAACAGAAUCUCUUAACAAAUUUCAGGCCUGUCCUUCGGUCAGGAGAAUGGUCUGACAUUGGUGGUCGGUCUUAUGUGGAGGAUACACACAUUUGCAUUAGUGACUUGGCAAAGAAAUUUGGUUGCAAUUUGCUUAUGGAGGAACCUAUUUCUUUCUAUGGUGUAUUUGAUGGGCAUGGGGGAGAGCGUGCAGCACAAUUUGUCCGUGACCAUUUGCCAAGAGUCAUUGUUGAGGAUGCAGAUUUCCCAUUGGAACUUGAGAAAGUGGUCACACGGUCAUUAAUUAAGACGGAUGCUGCUUUAGCAGAAACUUGCUCCCUCAUGUCUGCCCUCUCUUCUGGAACAACUGCACUUACUCCAGUGAUAUUUGGGAGGUCUUUACUUGUGGCAAAUGCUGGUGAUUUCCGGACAGUAUUAUCUAAACGUGGAAGAGCUAUCGAAAUGUCAAAGGACCAUAAGCCUUGCUGUGGUAAGGAAAGAGCACGGAUCGAGUCCCCAGGGGGACAUGUUGAAGAUGGCUAUUUGAACGGACAGUUAAGUGUUACCCGAGCAUUAGGUGAUUGGCACAUCGAAGGGAUGAAAGUGAAGGGUGAAAAGGGUGGCCUCUUGAGCGCUGAACCAGAACUUAAAUUGAUUACACUAACCAAGGAAGAUGAGUUUUUGAUAAUUGGAAGUGACGGAAUAUGGGAUGUAUUUUCCAACCAAAAUUCAGUAUCCUUCGCUCGGAGAAGACUUCAAGAGCACAAUGAUGUGAAAUUAUGUUGCAAAGAAAUGGUAGAAGCAAAAAAACGUGGGGCAACUGAUAACUUGACAGUUGUCGUGAUAAGCUUUCACUUGGAGCUACCGCCUCUAGCUGUAACGGUUCGAAAGUUCCCCACUCCUAUUCUUGACAGUUGGCAAGGCCGUCACAAGCUGUCUCUUGCCCUAUGGAGCUAA